CAUACCAGAGGAUGCCUCUGAUGAGACGCUCCAGUUUCAUGCUCGUGCAUACAUAUUGCACAUGAUAGGGUGCGUACUAUUUCCUGAUGCGAGCAAGACUCUGGUACAUGCACGAUGGCUGCUACUGCUGGAGGAUUUUGGUGUAUGCGGCGCACUAUCGUGGGGCAGUGCGGUGUUGGCAUAUUUGUAUCGAGAAUUGAGUAGAGUAUCUCUGAUGCAGAAUAAAGAAUUCAAGGGAUGCUGUACGUUGAUACAGAUUUGGUCAUGGGAGCGCAUUCAUAUUGGACGACCCACUUUACUUAUGCACCGUGACUUAGAGGGGCAGUAUCCGUUGGCAUACAGGUAUAACGUGCGAUACGCUCAGUACAAAUCAGCGACGCGUCACCGUCAGUUUUACCGAAAUGAGCUUGAUGGCCUCCAGCAUGAACAGUUCAAGUGGAGACCCUAUACACCGCCGGAGCUCGAUAUACAUUCUCUUGCACCUAUCUGCCGAGAUAGUCCCGACUUGUGGAGAGCCAGAGUUCCAUUGAUCUGUUGGGAGAUCGUAGAGAUGCAUGUACCGGACCGUGUGCUACGGCAGUUUACACUCUCUCAGCAUAUUCCAGAUCCUGUCGAGCAGAUCAAUCGUCGGCGGCGCCCUACAUCGCACCGGACUGACUGGGCCGUAGUCCGUGCGGCCUACAUAGACAGGUCCGUGUUUUAGAUAGCAUUGAUGCUGAUAUUGAUGCGCACGUGACUGAGAUUCAGGAUCAGGUGGCGUUAGGUCUCCUCAGCAGGAUCAAGAAGAGCAUAGCGCAGGUGUUCCAUAAGACUCACGUCGACGAGUUCGCAGGCCGUGAGGACAGGUCUCGCUCAUUUGGACGGGCGUACGCUCGACGUCGACGGCCGCGUGAUGAUGACGCCGGCACUUCGCAUGCCGAUGGAGCCGGCACUUC